ACAAUUCCUGCUACUGGACAAAUACUCUAUGAAGGAUUGUUCAAACCCUGUGUGAGGAAUGAAUGGGGUCACUUCUUUAUAAAGUGAACGUAAACCACAAGCAUAUCACGAUACCACAUUCCUUACAGAAGAAAAGAAAGACCAAAGGAAUAGAGCUACCAUGGUUUUGUAACAGAAAUGCGCUUGUUUAUUCCCUUUGCAACAAAAGCAAUAAGUAUCUAAACAUUAGAGCUGUUAUUCACCUGGCUAGGAUUUAUGGCCUAAUUCUGGAGCAAUAAAUUUGCAUUAAAAAAUUCCGCCUGUGACUUUAAAAACAAGUUGGGCGUGCUUAAGUUCAGCGUUCACACAACUGUUUCGUUCUUUUACAACCGUUUCUCGUCCUAAAUAGAUCAUGUCCCAAGAAGCAAAUAAUUCAGAAAAUAGAAGCCCAUAUUCAGAACAACAUAAUGACGAUCAAAUGUUAAUGCCACAACAGUCGAAGCGUACCAUUCGUGGACAAAAUAUAACCGACCCCGCUUCCUAUAUGAAAAUGGGAAUGAUGAAUCCGAUGCAAUAUCCACAGUUUCAACAAAUGAUGUUUAUGCAACAGAUGCAACACCAACAGCAAGUGCAACAAAUGACUGCCGCUGCCGCUGCUGCUGCAGCCAUGGCAGCAACCAGCAACCCAGCUACAACUAUAAAACCACACUCAAAAAUACCUUCUGAAGACCAAGAACCGCCUUCUGGCUAUGUUUGCUUUAAAUGUGGGCAACCGGGACAUUGGAUUUAUUAUUGUCCAAACGUACCGAAAGGGCAGUUUGUGCCAAGAGUUGGCAGUGGCAACAGAUACCAAACGAAUCAACAACAACAAACUCAAGUACCUCAUGAAUUCACCUGUAUCAUCUGCAAUAAAUUAAUGACAGAUGCUUCAUUGGUUCCCUGUUGUGGAAAGUCAUUUUGUAAAGAAUGUACGUAUAGCUUAUUGAUACCCUUACUACAGUUACCAUUAUCUUUGUAUUAUUGUUUUCUUUGGUUAUAUCAAUCAGUCAAAGCAACAUUUGAUGAAAAGAUUAUAUGGGAAAGGCUUUCAACAGGAAGUUCUACUUUCUAUUUUUACUCAACCAACAAUCCCAUGAUUCAUUGCAAUAUUGUGCUCUUUUUUGCAAUUUUUUCUCCUACAAUAUUUGAAAAAAAAAAAGGAAAGGAAAGAGUGUAUCUGUUUGUUGAACUGUCAACGACAGAGAACUACUAUAAAGAAGCGUGUAUUUAGUGAAAGAGAGUGGUUGGAUAAUCGCAAAUUUGCAUGAUAUGCAGAUACGCUCUCAUUGAGCUACAAUAAGCCGUUUAAUCUAAAAAGUAUAACAACAAAGCUCGAAAACAAUGACC